CGGGCGCUCGUCCUGUGCCAGGCCCCGCGCCCCGAAGGACGGAGCCAGACCGCAGAGGGUCCUUGGGGCCGCGGCAUCGGAUAUUUACCCCUUCCCCACCCCCACCCCCGAGUCAGGCCUGGUUUGGGAGAAAUCCUAGAGGCGGGGGGAGGCUGGAUCGCCCAAGAAGCAUCUGAUGAGCCCCUUCCGAAGUUCGUUCAGACUUGAGCAUCCUUAACCACGAUGAAAAAUCGAGACAAAGAGGGUGGUGCUUCGAAGCAACCAGCCAGCCCUUCCAAAGCAAAAGCCCGAGCAGGGCCUCAAGAAGCCAAUUCAUCCCAGACUUCGAAGCCUGAGGAUGCCCAGGAGCCCGGGAGUCAGCGUGCGUCUGGUGACUCUGCUCCUAAAGCAGAGGGAAAUGCAGAAGGUCCUGCUAGCCAGGCCCAGGAGAAGAAUGAGGGGGGGCAAACCAAGAAUUCUCAGUCAGGACCUGUUUGUGAUGUCUCAGAGGAGCUGAGUCGGCAGCUGGAAGACAUACUGAAUACCUACUGUGUUGAUAGCAGUCAGGAGGGACCAGGUGAUGACGGGGGCCAGAAUGAACACACAGAGCCAGAUGAGGUAGAGAAGAGCAGAAAUUAUUCUGCCCGGAAUGGAGAACCAGAACCGGGGACCCCUGAAGUCAAUGGAGUGAAGGAAAUCACCAAGGGAGAGCCAGGUGUCGAAGAGAUCCGGGCAAAUGAUGAGGGUGGGGACCGAGACCAGAAGCGGGUCCAGGAAAAGAAGAAAGCCAAAGGCCUGGGGAAGGAGAUCACUUUGCUGAUGCAGACGCUGAACACCCUUAGCACCCCGGAGGAGAAGUUGGCUGCACUAUGCAAGAAAUACGCUGAGCUGCUGGAGGAGCACCGCAAUUCUCAGAAACAGAUGAGAGUCCUGCAGAAGAAGCAGAGCCAGCUGGUGCAGGAGAAGGACCACCUGAGGAGCGAGCACAGCCGGGCGGUCCUUGCCCGCAGCAAGCUGGAGAGCCUGUGUCGGGAGCUACAGAGGCACAACCGCACUCUCAAGGAAGAAGGCGUCCAGCGAGCUCGAGAGGAAGAGGAGAAGCGGAAGGAGGUGACCUCCCACUUCCAGGUGACCCUUAAUGACAUCCAGCUGCAGAUGGAGCAGCACAACGAACGCAACUCCAAGCUGCGCCAAGAGAACAUGGAGCUGGCUGAGCGGCUCAAGAAGCUGAUCGAGCAGUAUGAGCUACGGGAGGAGCACAUUGACAAGGUCUUCAAACACAAGGACCUGCAGCAGCAGUUGGUGGAUGCCAAGCUCUUGCAGGCCCAGGAGAUGCUGAAGGAGGCUGAGGACAGGCACCAGCGAGAGAAAGACUUUCUGCUGAAGGAAGCGGUGGAGUCCCAGCGUGUGUGUGAGCUGAUGAAGCAGCAGGAGGCCCACCUGAAGCAGCAGCUCGCACUGUACACGGAGAAGUUUGAGGAGUUCCAGAACACUCUGUCCAAGAGCAGCGAGGUGUUCACGACGUUUAAGCAAGAAAUGGAAAAGAUGACCAAAAAGAUCAAGAAGCUGGAGAAAGAGACCACCAUGUACCGAUCCCGGUGGGAGAGCAGCAACAAGGCGCUGCUGGAGAUGGCCGAGGAGAAAACUCUUCGAGACAAGGAGCUGGAAGGCCUACAGGUGAAAAUCCAGCGGCUGGAGAAGCUUUGUCGGGCCCUGCAGAGUGAACGCAAUGACCUGAACAAGAAGGUGCAGGACCUGAGUGCCCAUCCCCCGCCGGGUGAAGCAGACACCCCAGAGUCCCCCAAGGGCCCACAGAGGGACAGCGGUGCCGAACCGCUGGUUGAGGGCCUGAUCCCCGAGGUCCCCCAGUCUCUGUGUCACACAGAGGCUGCCCCCCAGGGCCCCGAACUGAGCACAAGUGUUUCAGGCCAGACGGAGGCUGAUGAAGCCACCCCUUCUACUGACUAGAGACACCCCGGUGGAAGGAAGACCAGGGAUGCCAGGAGGGGAGCUGGUGAAUGUUACAGGCCCAGCUGCUGUGUCCCCUCUCAGCUUAGGGGCUGCCAUGGGGAAGAGCUGGGGCCCAUCAGGCAUUGACACUUUCCAAUUUAGGUUCUUGAAGAUGAUUUUUAUAUAUGUAUGGCAUAUAAAAGUGUGUGCCAUGCCCCAUACUUUUAUAUACAUACAUGUAAAGCAGGCACUUGCUUCCCCGUGCCUCGGUGCAAGGGGAGAGACAUGUGACUAAUGAGUGCUUUGGAGGGGCUCAGCAGAGGGCACAUCUCCUGUGACUUCCCACAGUCAGGGCAGGUUAUUGGGCUGUUCUUUUCUCCCUUGAGGCCCCCGUGACCGGAGCCUCGCUGGUGUCCCAGUGCAUACGCGCACUCUCUUGUGUUUUGGUUGAGAGAACUGGGCUCGCUGUGGCUUAGAGUCCUCCCAUUGCACUGAGAGUCUUUGCCCCUCCUGCUCUGGGAGCCCAGCAGGGAUUCAGAGCCAGCGUUUUUUAGUGUUUUCCAGUGGAGAGAGACAAGAUCGAGGAGCCCGUUUAUUUAAA